AUGUCUCCCACAAAAGCCACCCAGGGCCCUCUCGCCGAGAAAUGUCCCAAUCCGACUUCGCCCACGAAGACGGCCGCGCAGGACAUGACGGGCAAUGACAAGUUCAAGGGCGCUUUCGCGGACGCCGGGAAAGGAGGGAUUCACAUGCCGCGCUUUGAGGUGCCACAACAACAGCAGCAGCGACACCAGAUCCAGACCCAGAACCAGCCCACCUGUGGUGCCGGUACACAGACUUACAUUUCGCCCUCGGACGCGAUCCGGAGUCCCACGACCAAGAAGCUGAGUGAGAUCAAGGGGAGGCGGUUCAUGAAUGCAAAGCCCCAGACGCUCUUCGCCAGGACGCUGGCCAAGGAGAAUCAGAAGGCGCAGUUGGCGCACAGCCAGACACAAGCCCAAGCUCAAGCUCAGGAUGGGAUUUGA